CAUAACUUUAAGUAUUGGUUUCACCUUUUCAAUCAUUAAUGACAUCUGUAUGAAUUCUCAGCGUGAAGGUGGAACACUGGAUACGCGGCGCCUGCUGCACACUUCCACGUCUCGACCACCAUCCGUAUUUCUACUCUCUCUGCUAGGACUUCUCGCAGUUACCGACCAUGUUCAUUGUUAACUGGUUCUUUGAUAUUCUUGCUCAACUUGGUUUGAUGCACAAGAAUGCCAAAAUUCUUUUCCUUGGGUUGGAUAACGCCGGAAAAACGACGUUGCUGCACAUGCUGAAAAACGACCGACUUGCUACCCUUCAACCUACGUUGCACCCGACAUCCGAGGAACUGGCCAUUGGAAAUGUCAAGUUCACUACCCAUGAUCUCGGUGGACAUAUGCAAGCUCGUCGGCUCUGGCGCGACUACUUCCCAGAGGUCGAUGGAAUCAUCUUCCUGGUGGACAGCGCCGACUUUGAGCGUUUCUCAGAAGCCAAGGCUGAACUUGAUGCCCUCCUCUCUAUUGAAGAGCUUGCUAAGGUCCCUUUCCUCGUUCUCGGCAACAAGAUUGACGCUCCGGGUGCUGUCAGUGAAGAAGAGUUGAGGCAUCACUUGGGACUGUAUCAAACGACGGGCAAGGGCAAGGUUCCUCUUACUGAUAUUAGGCCUGUGGAACUGUUCAUGUGCUCGGUUGUCCAGAGGCAGGGCUAUGGAGAAGGUUUCCGAUGGAUCUCGCAAUACAUUUGAGAAGGUGGAAAACAUAUUGUUACGCGGAUAGAUUUUUUGUACCUUUGUUUACCGGAACCUUCUUGCACGUAAAUUACCCGCGAUAGCUUUACUGGUAAC